CUCCCUUCAAAAUCAAAAUCCAAAAAUUCAGCCCGCAGUGAACUCGAAUCUUGGUCCAUUUACAUUAUGAGAGAGAAGAAUAAAAAAAUUGAAACUAUACUCCUGCCAAACAGCAUCACAAUUUCACAAAGCAUUCGAUAGUUCACAAAUGCGAAAUACCACAAUAAAUUUCCAAAAUCAAACAAAUAAUUCCAAAAUGCAACAUACUUAAGGCGUUGAAGAUCAAGAAUAGCUCUGGUUGAAGACCAAUUAUUUGCUGGUAAACCGUGUAACCUCUGAGUAGUCGAAAAAUCUCCGAGUCUCUUACAUCGAGUUUGCCUGGAGGAGUUGCAACAGAGGCUGACAAAAUUGACGAACAAGAGUCCGCUUGUGUUAAAGGCGAAGACUGAAGAAGAAGAAGAAAACGAGGUUUGAGAGACCACCGUAGUAACGCCAAUGAAGAUCACCGCCGGUAGAUCUUUGCCUUCGCAAAUCGCCAACCCAUAUCUUAUGAAUGAAAUCUGUGAUGCUACUGUGGGGAAACACAACGUAUGGAAAAAUGGACGGGUACCCAUCCCGACCCAUAUCCUAUAAAUAUUUUAAAAAAUCACUUAAUUGACCCGACGGUGGAAAAAUAUACUAUCGGAUCUCUGGAUGUCAUAAGAUGCCAGGGUCUUGAGGAGACCAAAUCCAAGUGCAUAGAUACUCAUACAACUUUUCUAGUCUGGAUUUCACAUCAUUAUCCACAUCCACAGAGCAGCAGCACUUGCACUGCUAAGAAGAAGAAGGUCCGACAACCAGUCGCAACGGCAGCCGCCAUGAGGAGUUCGGAUCCGCCGAUGGCUAAGAAGGUGAAUCACGAGAUGGACGAGAUGUUUGGCGAUGUGAGGGUUGACUCCUACUACUGGCUCCGCGACGAUUCUCGUUCUGAUCCCGAUGUCCUCUCUUAUCUCCAACAGGAAAAUGAUUACACCGACUUCCUCAUGUCUGGGACCAAACACUUAGAAGACCAGAUAUAUGCUGAGAUAAGGGGACGAAUCAAGGAGGAUGACAUUUCUGCUCCAAUACGCAGGGGGCCUUACCACUACUAUGAAAGGACCUUGGAGGGAAAGGAAUACAUUCAGCAUUGCCGCUGCCUAGUAUCUGACAAUGGGGCUCCACCCUCUAUUUAUGAUGUUUUGCCAACUGGACCAGAUGCUCCUCCUGAGCAUGUUAUACUCGAUGAGAAUGUAAAGGCUCAAGGGCAUGCAUUUUAUAGCAUUGGUGCUUUUGAAGUUAGUCCAAAUAAUAAGUUGGUAGCAUAUGCAGAAGACACUAAAGGAGAUGAGAUCUACCACGUUUAUAUCAUUGAUGCUGAGACUGGAACGUGUGUGGGAAAGCCUCUAGUUGGUGUAAAAUCAAAUAUUGAAUGGGCAGGUGAUGAUGCUUUACUUUAUGUUACAAUGGAUGCAACCCUUCGUCCAGAGAAGGUGUGGCUACAUAACUUGGGGAUGGAACAAUCAAACGACUUGUGCCUUUAUCAUGAAAAAGAUGACAUGUUCUCUGUCAGAGUUGAGGCUUCUGAGAGCAAGAAAUUUUUGUUCAUUGCAUCUGCAAGUAAAACUACAACUUUUGUCUUCUAUUUUGACAUUUCAAAGCCUGAAAACGGGCUUAUGCAAUUGACACCUCGGCUAGAUGGUAUUGACACGUCAGUUAGCCAUCGUGGAAAUCAUUUUUUCAUCAAGAGGAGAAGUGACCAGUUUUUCAAUUCAGAAUUACUAGCAUGCCCACUGGACAAUAUAUCUGCAACCUCAGUUCUUAUCCCUCAUCGGGAAAGUGUAAAGAUUCAGGACAUACAACUUUUUAAUGAUCAUCUUGUCGUAUAUGAGCGUGAAAAGGGCCUUCCCAAAGUAACUAUAUAUGGCCUUCCACCCAUUGGAGAACCACUUGAAAGGCUUCAAGGUGGUCAGGCUGUUGACUUUAUUGAUCCUGUUUAUUCAGUGGAUCCAUCAGAAUCACAAUUUUCUUCCAGCAUUUUAAGAUUUUUUUAUAGCUCAUUGACGACACCGGACUCCGUUUAUGAUUACGAUAUGAACACAGGGAUUUCGGUACUGAAGAAGAUUGAAACAGUCUUGGGAGGUUUUGAUGCCUUAAAUUAUGUAACCGAAAGGCAAUGGGCCACUGCUCCAGAUGGAACUCAAAUCCCUAUAUCAAUUGUUUAUCAAAGAAAUAUUGUGAAGCUUGAUGGGUCUGAUCCGUUACUACUUUCUGGUUAUGGUUCCUAUGAGUAUUGUCUGGAUCCUGAUUUCAAGGCAUCAAGACUGUCUUUGUUGGACCGGGGUUUUAUUUAUGCAAUUGCUCACAUUCGUGGGGGUGGUGAAAUGGGGAGACAGUGGUAUGAAGACGGAAAACUGUUGAAGAAGCAAAAUACUUUCACAGAUUUUAUUGCUUGUGCAGAAUAUCUCAUAGAGAAAAGUUACUGUGCAAAAGAAAACUUGUGUAUUGAAGGAGGAAGUGCAGGGGGAUUGCUUAUUGGUGCUGCUCUUAACAUGCGGCCUGAUUUAUUCAAGGUUGCUGUAGCUGAAGUACCUUUUGUGGAUGUUUUGACAACAAUGCUUGAUCCAACUAUUCCUCUUACAACGUCAGAGUGGGAGAUACACGUGUUAUGUAUUCCGAACCUGCCAAGUUUGUGGCAAAGUUGAGAGAUAUGAAGACUGAUGAUAACAUGCUAUUAUUCAAAUGUGAAUUCGGUGCUGGGCACUCUUCAAAGUCUGGAAGGUUUGAGAAGCUCCAAGAAGAUGCCUUCAUCUUUGCUUUUAUAAUGAAGGCUUUAAACAUGGUUCCUCCCAUCAGCUCAGGUGAAAACUGAGUCAAAUGGAGAAUGGUACCCACUUCUCAUUUGGAAGGUGUCGAUUGAAGCUUGUAUCAUAUUGAGAGAAAAAUGGCAUUUAGAGGGGAAGGGGAAGCGGAAGAGGAAGGGGAGCGGGAGGGGGGGAGAGCCUUUCUGUUGAGAAAAUUCCUUGCUGUCAUACUAGCUUGCUUAUUCUUUCUGUCAAGAGUUGUGUCCUUUUUUCCUGUUUGUUACUACUGGUAUCAAACAAGAUGAUAUUUUAAUAAAGCAUGUCACGCUGUAGGUGUUGCUUGUUGAAGUUGGAAACUCCUUAAUAUGGCAGCAUACCUUUCACACUUCAAAGUUGGAAAUGUCACAAAUAUAUCAGUGGCUACUUUUUCUUUUUAUGGUGUGGGGUUUAUAAUUGGGAAAAUUUUAGGUUUUUGAGUUAGUUAUUCAUUCCAUGUUGAUGCAAAAUCAAGGAAGUACACAAAAUAUUAGGUUACACAUCUUUUAGCAGCUGUGUACAUUGAAAAGUUGGUAGUAGAUGAAAUACAGGCAUGGUUGUAUCUCAAUUGUGAAGU